AUGUUGGAUUUUUCUGCUAAUGUUACAUAUUUAAUUUUGACAGGGCAUGUGGAGUUGGAGAAGUACAGAUAUUUUUAUUUCCUAGUGACACUUUCUCUCUAUCUGAUGAUCAUUUGUUGUAAUGCUCUUGUCAUUUUUGUGAUCUACACAAAUGAGUGUCUCCAUGAGCCCAUGUACAUUUUCAUCACUGCUUUGCUCAUGAACACUUUAAGUGGAUCAACAGCUUUUUAUCCCAAACUGCUGACUGAUAUUUUAUUCAAAAAUCUAAUUGUCUCCUUUGAUGCUUGUCUAUUUCAAGCAUUUUUCAUUUACACUUAUGCCAUGUCUGAGUUUAUGCUGUUGUCAGCCAUGGCCUAUGACAGAUAUGUGUCUAUUUGUAAACCACUACAAUAUGCUACGAUUGUAAACAUGUCUACUGUGAAAAAGCUCAUAUUUUUGUGUUGCUUUGUACCAAGUUGUGAAAAUGGUAUAGGACUGAUAUUACUGUAUCAGCUUAAAUUGUGCAAUUUCAAAUUAAAUAGAAUAUACUGUAGUAGUUAUGCAAUUGUGAAACUGAAUUGUGGGGACAUUUCCAUAUAUAAUUCAUACGGACUGUUCAUUUUCAUCAUUGCCAUAUUUCCACAAGUGAUCUUUGUAAUCUACUCAUAUAUCAGGAUACUCACUGUGUGUUUAAAUAAUUCUAAAGAUUUCAGAAGAAAAGCUUUACACACCUGUUUACCACAUCUUAUCGUUUUCACAAGUUUUACUGUCACUUCAUGUUUUGAAGUGAUAAACAGUAGAUUAGAAGGAAACAUGCCUCAUAUUAUUGCCAUGAUCAUGUCAGUGGAAAAUCUCGUUAUUCCUCCUUUAUUAAAUCCUGUUAUAUAUGGACUGAAACUGAAGGAGAUUUUUAAUAGGAUUAAAAUAAUGUUUUGGAAAAAGAAGAUACACAUAUUUUCAGAUUAA